AUGGACGGACUAGUUGUAAGGUUAAUUUUGGUUUAUUUUGUAUAUCAAUAUGUAAGCUGUAGUGAGAUUGAAUUUAUUUCUUAUCAGUAUGAAAAUAGAACAGAUCCUGCAACACGACAGUUAUAUGAAUUCAGAAAAUAUCACCCGAAGCCAAUUGGCCUCAUGACCACAAGUUUUGGACGGCCGGUUGAAAUAAGAGACACUAAUGCAUUGAACACUGAUUUAUUCUCCAAUUCUUAUUUAACUGAUUCCUCCAUCCAUACGAAUGAUGAAAGAAUACCAGAAAGAAUAGUACAUGCAAAAGGUACAGCUGCCCUCGGCUACUUUGAAGUCACUAACGAUGUAUCUAAGUAUACUAAAGCCGAUGUUUUCAAUGGAAUAGGAAAGAAAACUCCAAUUAUUGGAAGAUUUUCUACCGCAGUUCAAUACAAAGGAGGAAAUGAUUUGGCAAGAGAAACCAAAGCUUUGGCUGUAAAAUUUUAUACCAAAGAAGGAAAUUUAGACUUUCUUUGUUUAAAUCAACCUAUUUAUUUUUAUAAAGAUCCAAUACUAUUCUCGCAUUUGGGUCACGCGUUGAAGAAAAAUCCGAAAACAUUUUUAUUUGAUCACACCGCAGAAAUAGAUCUUAUUAGUCUACGACCGGAGUUGCUACCUGCGUAUUUAUGGUCAUUUUCUGAUUACGGAAUUCCUAAUGGCUAUAGAAAAAUGGACGUUUUUCCAAUACAUACGUAUGAAAUACAUAACAAACACGGUGAAAGAUAUUUUGUUAAGUUUAAUUUAAGAAGUGAACAAGGCUUAGAAGUGUUGACAACUGAAGAAGCAAUUGCUGUUGGAGCUCGAGAUCCGGAUUAUUUUAGUAGAGAUAUAUAUAAUUCUAUUGAAGAAAAGAAAUUCCCUUCAUGGAAGUUAGAAAUGGAUGUUAUAUCUUUUAAAGACUUACCUAAAGUACCCUAUAAUAUAUUCCAAGUGAAUAGAUUUUGGAGAAAGGGUACUUAUAAGACAGUGCAGAUUGGUCGACUGGUAUUCAAUAGGAAUCCUGACAACAUGUUCCAUACCGCCGAACAAUCUGCAUUCAACCCUGCAAACUUAGUUCCCGGUAUCCCAGGGCCGGUAGACUAUAUAUUCAAAACUCGAAGAUUUGUGUACCCCGAUGCUCAAAAAUAUCGAUUAGGUGUAAAUCACAAUAAGAUAGAAGUAAAUUGUCCUUUAUAUCAAAAAGAUUAUAAUCGUGAUGGUGUUCCACCUUUAAAAGAUAAUAUGAGAGAUGUACCAAAUUAUUAUCCUGAUUCAUUCAGUGGGCCAAUAUCGUACGUAGAUGCAGCACGACCGGGGGAAAAAAUUGUCGUAUAUGAAAGCAAUGCUAUUGAUUUGGCAGAAGCGGCAUACGUUUAUAAUGAAAUUCUACGAAACGACACACAAAGAGAUAGACUCGCAGCAAACGCAGCUAGGUUAGCUUUACCAGCACCACCUUUACUACAAAGAAGGUUUAUUGAACUGUUAUAUUUAACUGAUAAAGAUUUAGGUGAUCGAGUUUAUAUGGCACUCAAAAGAGCGUUGCAAGCUCAACCACCGCCAUCCCCCGUAGGUUUGACCAUUGAAAGAGAAGUAUGUUCCAAUUCUGUAAACGAAAACACUGUCAAAGAUGAUUAUUAUGAAAGAAAAUAA